ACUUGGAGAAGGGAAGAAAGGAAUCGACUGAAAGCCUCGAAGCCCGUACUAAUUGAUCGUAUCUAAAAUUUGCUCCUGAAACUCAUUGUGUUGGACUAACAGUCUAUCUUGUUAUCACCAUGCCUGGAGAAGUCAUUGAUCGACCGAAUCCGCAGCCAUUGCCGUCGCAUCUCCCUGAUUCUGUCGAUCAGCUCAGGAUCCAGCUUGAACAUGCGACUCUGGAUCAAUCGGCGUGUGAUGCCUUGAUGAAGUUUCGUCGGGCUGCCAACUACAUUGCUGCUGCGAUGAUCUUCUUGCAGGACAAUGUAUAUCUGAAGCGAGAGAUCAAACACGAGGAUAUCAAGCCGAGACUGCUCGGCCAUUGGGGAACUUGUCCAGGGCUGACACUUGUGUACUCCCAUCUGAACUAUCUGAUCAGACAGCAGAACUUGAACAUGCUCUUUGUUGUUGGGCCGGGCCAUGGAGCCCCUGCUAUCCUGGCGUCGCUCUGGCUGGAAGGGUCCUUGGAACGGUUCUAUCCACAGUACUCUCGAAAUGCCGAUGGUCUGCAUCGGCUCAUUUCGACAUUCAGCACCACGGCCGGAUUUCCCAGUCAUAUCAAUGCCGAAACUCCCGGUGCUAUCCACGAGGGAGGUGAAUUGGGAUACGCUCUGGCUGUCUCCUUUGGCGCGGUAAUGGACAACCCCGAUCUGAUCGUCACUUGUGUGGUCGGUGAUGGAGAAGCAGAGUCCGGUCCCACUGCUACGUCUUGGCAUGGCAUCAAGUAUAUUGACCCGAAAGAGUCGGGCGCCGUGCUUCCAAUCUUGCAUGUCAACGGAUUCAAGAUCAGCGAACGCACCAUUUUCGGGUGCAUGGAUCACAAAGAACUUCUUGCUCUCUUCACUGGAUAUGGUUACCAAGUCCGUUUCGUGGAGAAUCUCGACGAUAUCGAUACAGACCUGCACGCCUCCAUGACUUGGGCGGUCCGUGAGAUCCGUAAGAUCCAGCAUGCUGCUCGCUCUGGAAAGCCUAUCACAAAGCCACGAUGGCCACUCCUUAUUAUGCGAACACCCAAGGGCUGGUCUGGACCGAAAAAGCUACACGGAGAGUUUAUCGAAGGGUCGUUCCAUUCUCACCAAGUCCCUCUCCCAAAUGCAAAGAAGGAUAAAGAGGAGCUGCAGGCACUGCAAGACUGGCUCUCAUCGUACAAGCCGCAUGAGCUUUUCAGGGACACCGGUGAUGUUAUCGACGAGAUCCUUUCCAUCAUCCCCACAGUUGACUCCAAAAAGCUGGGCCAGCGAUUCGAAGCAUACAAGGGCUAUUUGAAGCCUGACUUGCCUGCUUGGAAGGACUUUGCCAUCCAGAAGGGAGGCCAGGAGAGCGCUAUGAAGGUGAUCGGUCGGCUGAUUGACCAGGUUUUCGUCAAGAACCCGCAUAGCGUGCGUCUCUUCUCGCCCGAUGAGCUGGAGAGCAACAAGCUCAGUGCUGUUCUGAGCCAUACUGGCAGGAACUUUCAGUGGGAUCAGUUUUCCAAUGCGCAAGGCGGACGAGUCAUUGAGGUACUGAGCGAGCAUAUGUGUCAGGGUUUCCUUCAAGGCUACACCCUGACCGGCCGCACAGGGAUUUUCCCUUCUUAUGAGAGUUUCCUUGGAAUCGUGCACACCAUGAUGGUGCAGUAUUCCAAGUUCAUGAAGAUGGCACAAGAGACAAAGUGGCACUAUGAUGUGAGCAGCAUCAACUACAUCGAAACAAGCACCUGGACCCGACAGGAACACAAUGGGUUUUCUCACCAGAACCCGUCAUUUAUCGGUGCUGUGCUCAAGCUGAAGCCCUCGGCGGCGAGGGUGUACUUGCCUCCUGAUGCCAACACCUUCCUGAGCACUGUGCAUCACUGCUUGAAGUCCCGGAACUACAUCAACCUGAUGGUUGGAUCCAAGCAGCCAACGCCAGUCUACCUCAGCCCCGAAGAGGCCGAAAGCCACUGUCGUGCCGGGGCUUCCGUCUGGAAGUUCUGCAGCACCGACGACGGGCUAGACCCGGACGUGGUCUUGGCCGGUAUCGGAGUGGAGAUCAUGUUCGAGGUGAUCUACGCGGCGGCCAUUCUACGCGAGCGGAUUCCCGAGCUGCGUGUGCGGGUGAUCAACGUGACGGACCUGAUGAUCCUCGAGAACGAGGGCUCGCACCCGCACGCGUUGACCACCGAGACCUUUGAUAACCUCUUCACGCCCGACCGGCCCAUCCACUUCAACUACCACGGCUACCCGACCGAGCUGCAGGGCCUGCUCUUCGGACGGCCUCGGCUUGACCGGGCAACCAUUGCCGGAUACAUGGAGGAAGGAAGCACCACGACCCCCUUCGACAUGAUGAUCGUCAACCGGGUGUCUCGAUUCCACGUCGCUCAGGCGGCUCUCCGGGGUGCCUCGGUCCGCAACGAGAGAGUCCGAAUCCGCCAGCAGGAGCUGUACACCGAGCUCAAUCACGACAUCGUGGAGACAAGGAACUAUAUCAUGAAGCACCACGAAGACCCCAAAGACAUGUAUUCCAUGCCCAAGUUUACGUGAGAUCGUCUCCCGUCUUCAAGGAAAAGAGAUAGGGGGGCCUUAAUCAAUUUGUAGGACAGUAAUUCCAAAUAAAAUCCCAUCGGUUGCUUUGACGUGUCUGAACUGGCGGUCUGAAGAAAGAGUAAGAGCGAUUUUAACUCCUCGUAGUUUCCUUUCCUAGAAAAACAAUCGAGCGCUCACGUGAUUUAUACCCAGCGUCACGAGUGGGACUCCGACCCAUUCGGGGUGGCCGGAACGGACGGAACGGAGCGGAUGGUUGAGGGCCCGUUUGUGUGCCUGAGGCAGCAUGAAUGGUAAAAAUUUCCGGCGCUAGGUGCCGAUU